AUGAAUAGAACCUUGACAAAAAGUCCAGCUUUCACCAAUACACUUGCUGUUCCUAAUGUUUCUGACGUUAGAUCACGCACUCCAGAUCCUUCAAAACUCAAUAGUUCAAAUUCGACUGAUUCCAAUAAUGCCAAUAAUGUUAAGGUUACUAUACGAGUUCGACCACCUAAUGACAUAGAACUUAGUAGAGGAGAAAAUGAAAUUUGGAAUGUAGAUAAUAACCAACAUAAAGUAAGCCUCGAUCUAGAUUUCAUAGAGAAAUCUAGAAGACAACCGAUUGAAUAUAAUUUUGACGCAGUAUUCUCGGGAAGUGAUAAUAAAUUAUUAUUUGAAAAUGGAGUAAAAGAUACGGUGAGUUCUGUUAUGGAAGGUUAUAAUGGCACAAAAAAGCGGCCAGGAGUUAUUCCUCAAGCAGUUGAUGCAGUAUUUCAAUACAUCAAAAUGUGUAAAGAAAAACAAUUUUUAUUACGAGUUUCUUAUUUAGAGAUUUAUAACGAAACCGUACGUGACCUUUUAAGUCCUGAAACUGAAGAUUUAAGAAUUCAUGAGGAUAAGCAUCGAGGUGUUUACGUGAGCCCACUCAAAGAAGUAUUAGUUUCAACACCAGAUCAAGUUAUGAGAGAAAUAAAAAGGGGUGAAGCUAAUCGUCACAUGAGUGCAACGGAUUGGAAUGAAAGAAGUAAAAGUGCUUCUAAAGGGUUAUUACCAUUCAAACCAAAGCGUUACUCAUCGUCACCAAAAGGAUCUGGUGUUGUAUAUUCUUCUGUUCUGAAUUUGAUAGAUUUAGCGGGUUCAGAAAAAGCUGCAAGUUCGGCUGAUCGUCGUAAAGAAGGUGCUUUCAUUAAUAAGAGUUUGCUUACUCUCGCUACCGUUAUUUCGAAACUAACAGAGAAAAACAUUGGUUAUAUCCCGUAUCGUGAUUCAAAAUUGACGCGGAUUCUCCAGAAUUCUCUCAGUGGAAAUGCCAAAGUUGCUGUUAUAUGUACCAUAUCACCAUCUAUAAUCAAUCUCGAGGAAUCAAAUAAUACUCUUAAAUUUGCUGCAAGAGUAAAGAAAGUAGUUACAAGGGCACAUACUAAUGAGAUUGUGGAUGAUAAAGCCUUGUUACAAAAAUACCGUUUGGAAAUUGAGGAACUUAAAGCGAAAUUAGAAAAAACAAAUGCUGUAAAUGAUCAAGAAAAGGAAGCAGAAUUAUCUAAAAAACUUGAAAUUGAGAAAGCUAAGCACGAAGAAGAGAUGCUAGAAGCACAAUUAAUUCGAACUGCAUUAAAAGAACGAAUUGAUCAUCUUACAAAAUUAAUAUUGACCAAUAGUUCCUUCAAUAAUGGCGCACAACUUAAUGACUCUGAUGCAGAUGGUCCUGAAACUCAGAACAACAACAAAAUGGAACUUGAACAAAAAAAUAGAAUUAUUGCCGAAAAAGAUCAAGUUAUUGCUCAAAAAGAUAAAGUUAUUGAAGAAUUAACUGCACAGCUAAAUAAUUUCCUUUAUAAUAAUACCAAAGAAGAUAAUAACGUAUUAAAUUAUAAACUUCAAGAGAAAGAUGAUGAAAUAUCUGAUUUACGCAAAUUGAAUAAUGAACUUGAAAACAUUAUUAAACGACAAAAACAGAAGAUCUAUAUGUUGGAGAGUCAUUGA